AUGGGGCCCCGCAGACCGUGCGCCCACCGCCGCGGCCCAGCGCGCUCUCCCCGCAGCCUCCGCGGGGCGACGGCUUCCUACUCGCCGCGCGCAGCCCGGCCCUCCCCGCCCCGGCGAGCAUGCCCAGUGCGCCGACGGCCUCGCCCGCGCCAGCCGCCGCGCCGGGUUUUCCGGGGGGCCGGCGGGGCGGUGGCGCCGCGGCGUGGGCUGCGCGCUCGGCCGCUCCCGUUGUCCCGGGCGCCGGGAGACCCCGAGGGCGUGGGAGCGGCGCGCGGGGCACCUGUGCCCCCUCCCACGGCGCGGGCCCCGACACGCUCCCGGCCCCCCACUCCCGUCGUCCCGCACAAAGGGGCCCGCGGGGGCUCCGGCCGGCACAGGGGAGCCUCCCGGAAGCGCGGAGGCCGGGCCGACCCCCAGCCGCACGGCCGCGGCGCCGGCAGCGAGCCCGGGCAUGCUCAGUGGGCGGAACAGCCUCGGCUCGCGAUUGGCGCCUGCGGAGCUCGAGCGGGGGGCGGAGGCGCAGCUGUUCUUUCCCCGCUGCUCCCCGCCCCCCCCUCCCGCUUCCCCCGACCUAGUCGUUCUGGGAGCCCGGGGUGCAAAAAAAGAAGAGGAAUUAAGGCGGAGAGCUCGGCGCUAAAUAUAGUGCCCCGCUGGCGCUGCGGGGCGAGCCUGGCUGCGCAGCGCCCGGAGGCCGCGGGCGCCCUGCUCCCCCCGCUGGGCCCGGGCUCCUGCGGAGUUUGCAAAGUGAAAAAAAAAAAAAAAGAAGAAAAAAGCAAAGAGCACCCCACCUGUCAGAGGCACACCCACCUCCUGCAGCAGAGGAGAAGCCCCGCAGCACUGACCAGCGCUGAAUGUCUGCAGAAGGUCCCGCACGGCUCCUCCGCGCCGCCUCACAGGCCUUGUUACACCUGUUUUAAAGAGGAAGCAACUGAGGUCCUGGGAUGUUGGGUGACUUGCCUGCGAUUUCCCAGCGGGUCUGGUGUCUCGUCUCAAGAACUGGAUAUCAGUUAUUAUCUGAGACCUUGGGCGAGUCCCUUGAGCUCUCUUGACUCCAGUUUCCCCGUCUAUAAAAUGGUGAUAAUAAAAUUUGCCCUAUGUACCUAGCUACAUGAGGAACCUUGGAGAGAAUCUAGUGACCAAACCCCUCAUUUUGCAUCAGAGAGAAGGGAGCAAAAUUAGAACCCUGGUGUCCUGGCUGCACUUUACAUGGUGCCAGCCUGUCCUCAGGGAAAAUAAUUGACAGAUAAUGGAUGGAAACAUGCUUUUAAAGCUGCAGAGCCCCAUGAAUGCAUGGCAGUUACUACUCUGACCCAGGUAGCCUCACAGCCUGGUCUAGAAGAUUCCCUCCUCAGGACCUCAGGUCGUCACGUGGAUCGGUAUUACCGAAUCUUGGUACCAGUACCAGAAAGAUGCCACAGUGUGAACACUGUCUAUUAGGGAUUCUUCGGUAGUAGUGUUUAUUAUGUUCAGGUGCUCUCUCACAGACAGAUUUGCACUAGGACUUUGGGAUUCAAAAUGAAGUAAAGAAACUGAUGACACAUAUAUUUUUAGGAUUGGCCACUUCCUCCUGUGAAAUCUGUUAGGUGUCUUUACCUCACUUAGGGCAUGAAUCAUUAUCUGUCCUCUACUGUAAUUAUUGACACGUCUAUGUCUUGUCACCCAGCACCUUGGGAAUGCCUUGAGGGCAGAGGCCAUAUCUGGCUUAUCUUUGGAGCCAUCUCUGACCCUCAUAACACCUAGUACAGUGCCUCCGCGGGAGGCCCUCCAUAAAUAUUUAUUGAUGAAACUAGGAAGUACAUUUUAUUCCUUUUCCAAAUUCCACUUGUAGUAGAAGAUUAUAUUAAUCCAUGGUGAGACAUACCACUUCCUGGAUCCUUAGAAAAAUGUAUACCGACGUUACCGUCUCCCUGAGUCAUCAAAAUGACUUUUAAGAUGAGCAGAGUCUAUCCUUAUUUGGGUGGAAGCACUAAAUCGGUGCUGUCUUGGGGAAAGAUACCAAGCCUCCAGUGGAUAAAGCCUUUCUCCGAAGAAGACUGACUUUUGCACGUAACCUGAAAAGGUAUUUCUAGGAAACAACCUAAUGUAAAAGUUACCGGGUAAGGACUGCUUAAGCACUGACAAUGUAUGUUGACAAUGUAUGUUGCACAAACAAGGGUACCCUCCUCCCUUGGCUUUUGCUCCCACAGCGGGGACUGCUGAGCUUCUGGGACACUGAGAUUGGGCCUUCGGGCAAUGAGAUGGUUUGUUGGAAUCCAGGUCUUCUAAGUCCUCAAGAGCAUAAGCCACCUACCUGCCUCCACGUUUACAGAAAGCAGAGGUUUAUUUCAUCACGAUUGUAGCUUUAGCUGAUGCCACUUCGUGUUUUCUUCGAGCAUUUUUAAGGUUUCUUUUUCUUUUUUUUUUGGCUUUUUUUUUUUUUUAUUUUUUUUAUGGCCCCACUUUGCUUUUCAUUUGAAAGGAGAGCAUCAGUAAAGAUGGAGCGAUUGAGAUCUAAGCAAUAGGAUGUCCGCGGAAUGGGAGUUUCUGGGGAGAGGACCAAGGAGGAGUCUGAGGACUCUAGUGGGAAGCCUGAAGAUACAUACUUUCUCUCCAACAGUCAAGAAAAAGCCAAGAGACCUGAAGUGGAGCUUGAGAGGGUGAGAAGUUGAGGAAGUUCAAGCUACAAGCAACCUUCUCUUCAUAAAUAAAAAAUGGCAAGGCACCUGCUGUAGGAAGGGAGGUCAGGUGUGGGCUUGGGAACGAGUAGAAAUGAAGCUUUUUAACAGUGACUGUGCAGUACGCAGUAUGAUGUUGCUAACCUGCUAAAUUUGGUUUACGUGAAUUUGUGAAGAUGCCAAUUCAACUUUCUUUUUUUCUUUUUCUUUUUCUUUUUCUUUUUUUUUUUUUUAAGAAGGAUCUUGAUAAUUCCUCUUAAGUCUGGUGGGUUUCUGUUAAAAUCCCUGAGGGUUUUGUAUCAACACAUACAAACAAAUAAUUAUAAAAGUAAGUAUGUCUCUCUCACAUGUCAACCUUAGUGAAAAUACACACACAAACCACUGAUUUAUGUGAUUAAAAGUUUCAUUACUAAGGGGAAAUUAAAUGAACUCAAUAAAACUGUCUUACCUAUA